AUGAGGCUCGGUAAUGGACAGUCAGCUCGUUUUUGGCUGGACAACUGGGCUCCAAAUGGUUGUAUCUCUUCACUGCAGGCUUCCUCCGGGUCACGCCUAGGAAUCCCACUGAACGCUACUAUUGCAUCCCUGAGCAUAAAUGGAAAUUGGAACCUUCCGCCGGCAAGAUCAGAAGCGAUGUUGGACCUGUACACUUUCAUUACCACAAUAGUCUUAACAGAGGAACAAGAUUACUAUGACUGGGAAGUACAAGGAAAGAUAACUGCAAAGUUUAGUACUGGAGAUCUCUAUACUCACUUGAGAGGAGACUUUCCGGACCAAGCCUGGGCUCCUGUUGUCUGGUUCACCCGGUCCAUCCCAAGACACUCUUUUCACUCAUGGCUGAUGAUCUUGAACAGAUGUCCCACCAAAGACAGAAUGCUUCGUUGGGGAUUCCAAGUUGACCCGAAUUGUCUCCUCUGUAACUCCCGGCUAGAAUCAAGAGACAAUCUCUAUUAUGAUUGCUCCUAUAGUUUUGAUCUCUGGACUAUGAUAGCAACUAGAUGCAGGAUAACUCCUCGACGGACUUGGGAUGAGACAAUCAAUCAGAUGCAAGCGCUGGCUCCACAAAAAGCAAAUCGUCUCCUAACCCUUCUUUCAUGGCAGGCAAGUCUCUAUUGGAUCUGGAACGAGCGACUCUCUCGUCUGCAUACUAACACUUUCCGAUCGGCUGAUGUACUCUUCACCAUCAUUGAUCGACAGAUCAGAAACAAAACACAGAGCUUCAGGGAAUCAAACCCUUCCCUCUCCUCUGCUAUGUACCAACGAUGGAUUGACACCACCACUCAUUGA